AUGUUAUAAGAUCCUUAUAAUCAUAAGACUCCGCUUUUUUAAUUUUCUUCACUAAUUUAACUCCUUUCUUAAUUUUCACUUUUAAAGGUUUCAAAGGAAAACCAACUGGAACUUAAAUAAGGAUUUCUAUCUAUUAUUCUUCCUUUAGUAAGUAGCAGUUAUUUAUUAUUGAUUUUUAGAAAUAUAAAUAUCAAAUCCAUCACUGAGCCACUCUUCUUAAUUUAAUUCAAUCAAUUCUAUUUCUCUUAGAAUAACAUUAGAAUUAAAUCCUAUUAAUAAAUUUUCUUAUAAUUGUUGAAUCUUAGAUAUUUAUUGUUACCUAUAAAGGUCUAUAUUGAAUAUUCACAAAAUCUAUAUAUUUAACCUUAUAUCUUCGCUUUAAAAUAAUAAUUCUAGUUUAGUUUAUAAACACAUUCCAUCAACUCAAAUUUUAUCUUACACUCAUAAAUAAAGAUUGACAAAUUUAGAAAUAUUUUGAUUAAUAAUCAUUGUAAUUCUUAAAAUGAAGUGGGUUCCUUUUUUGAAAUCGAGUAGUAAUUCUGUAAAUAAUAUUUAACAUUCGCAAUCCAUGGAUUAUUAUAAAAAUUAAACACAAACAAUUUAUAUAGAUGA